CGCUCCCGUGUCUGACUCCUUCCAAGGCGGUGGCUGUUUUAUUAUCUUUCUUUCAUCCUCCUCGCCAUCACCAUUUAACUUCUUCCAUCACUUCAGCAAGCCAAUUCAUAGUUAUUUCAAGAUGCUGGCUUCUACUCGUCGCAUCGCCCUGCGACCUGUCCUCCGCAGCGCCGCCUUGACGCGCACUCUCGGCACCGCCUCUAUCUUCAAGAAUGAACCUGCUAAACCUUCGGUCAGGACUUCUCUCCCCGGCCCCAAGUCCAAGGAUGCCAUUCAGAAGCUUGAUACGGUCUUUGAUACCCGCAGCAUCAACAUGCUAGUUGACUACAAGAAGUGCAACGGCAACUACAUCGUCGACCACGAUGACAAUGUGUUGCUUGAUGCGUUCGCCCAGAUUGCCUCCAUCCCUCUCGGCUACAACAACCCCGUUCUCGCCGAGAUUGCGUCUUCGCAGGACAUGGUCGGUGCCAUCAUCAACCGUCCUGCUAUUGGCAACUUUCCUUCCUCCGAAUGGGCCGACACCCUUGAAGCCGGUCUCCUGAAAGCGGCUCCCAAGGGCAUGAGCCAGGUCUUCACCUCCAUGACCGGCUCCGACGCUAACGAAACCGCAUACAAGGCUGCCUUUAUCUGGCGCCGCUCCCAGGAACGUGGUGCUGCCGACUUUACCGAGGAGGAAAUCUCGUCCUCCAUGGCCAACCAAGCUCCCGGCUCGCCCAACUACUCCAUCCUCUCCUUCAAGGGCGGCUUCCACGGCCGUCUCUUUGGCAGUCUCUCCACCACGCGCAGCAAGCCUAUCCACAAGCUCGAUAUCCCGGCGUUCGACUGGCCUGCCGCUCCCUUCCCCCAGCUCAAGUACCCUCUCGAGGCCAAUGCUGCCGCCAACGCUGCCGAGGAACAGCGCUGUCUGGCUGAGACGGAACGUCUCAUCAAGGAGUUCCACAACCCCGUCGCUGCUGUCAUUGUCGAGCCUAUCCAGUCCGAGGGUGGCGACAACCACGCUUCGCCUGCCUUCUUCAAGGGUCUCCGCGAGAUCACCAAGCGCCACAACGUCAUGUUCAUCGUCGAUGAGGUCCAGACCGGCGUCGGUGCCACUGGCAAGUUCUGGGCCCAUGAGCACUGGGAUCUCCCUGAGGCUCCCGAUAUGGUGACCUUUUCCAAGAAGGCCCAAGCUGCUGGUUUCUACUACCGCGACUCGGCGCUGCGCCCCAACAAGCCUUACCGUCAGUUCAACACAUGGAUGGGCGACCCCGUCCGUGCUAUCCUCUUCCGCGGCAUUCACGAUGAAGUGCAGCGUCACGGCCUUGUCGAGAAGACCGCCCAAGUUGGCAACUAUCUGUUUGGCAAGCUCGAGAAGUUGGCUGAGCAAUUCCCCAACGAAAUUUCCAACCUCCGUGGCAAGGGCCAGGGAACGUUUAUUGCAUGGGAUAGCCCUCGCCGCGAUGAAGUCAUUCGUCUGGCAAAGCAGAGUGGCUUGAACAUUGGCGGCAGUGGCGAGCGAUCCAUCCGUCUACGACCUAUGCUCAUCUUUGAGGAGCGUCAUGCUGACAUUUUGGUCGAUAUCCUGUCUUCUGUCUUGAAAAAGUAAAUAAAUAGACCCAGAGUAAUGAAGUUUUGAAUUAAUACAAUGAUAUAACACGCC